AAAACUGUCACGUCUGACACUUUCCUUUUAUUUGUGAAGGCAACUUAAAAAAACGUGCGCAUUUUGUAUUAAAAAUAUUUUAUACUAAUUUUAACGUAUUUUGCGUUACAAAGUUGAGGAAAUUUGUAAAAAACAUAAAAUAUGCGUCGUCCUAAGAAGUAUCAGUCUGGUGAAGCUACGCAGUACAUUACCAGAAAGGCUGCCCUAAAGAAACUCCAAUUGUCUCUAAAUGAUUUCCGUCGAUUGUGCAUCAUUAAAGGUGUGUAUCCUCGUGAGCCAAAACACCGAAGAAGGGCACAGAAAGGUUCGUCAGAAUUGAAGGUUCUCUACCAUGCUAAGGACAUAAGGUUCCUCUUAAGUGAACCAAUAGUAUGGACACUUCGUAAUUACAAGAUCUUUGCCAGAAGGUCAGGACGUGAUCGAGCAGUCAAAGACUUCCGCAACUUAAAACGUCGACUCGCCCUCUUCCCUGAACUUAAAAUCGACCACAUCGUUAAAGAACGAUACCCCACUUUCAUCGAUGCUAUCAAAGAUUUGGACGAUUGUUUGACUCUGUUGUUCCUUUUCAGUACCUUUCCUUCGUUGCGUCUUAUUCCUCGCGAACAAUCGGCAAUGUGCCGCCGUUUGACUAUUGAGUUCCUUCAUUAUAUUAUCGCUGCUAAGGCUAUCCGGAAAGUGUUUAUCUCCAUCAAAGGCUAUUACUUCCAGGCCGAUAUCAAGGGACAAAAAGUGACGUGGAUAGUUCCACAUUACUAUCCAUUCAAGCCACACGCCAAGUCCGAAGUUGAUUUCAAAGUGAUGUCGAUCUUCGUCGAGUUCUACACUAUCAUGUUAGGCUUUACCAAUUUCCGGUUGUAUCACAGUAUCAAUAUGGCCUACCCACCCCAGUUCCCAGAAGGAGUGAUGGCCGACAGCGAGGACAUUCUGAAAGAUGAGAGUUCAUUUGUUUCGGACCGUAUUGCUGCUCUUAACCAUGAACUUCUACGCAUAGAUAAACAAGAUGAGGAAGAUGAAGAUAUUGAAAUUGAUUUGGAGUUGCUUGAGCAAGAUGGUGACUCAAAAAGGGUUUUGAAAAUGAAGCAGGAAGCCCAGGAAAUUCGUAAACUCAAGUCACUCUUCAAGGGCUUGAAGUUUUUCGUCAGUCGCGAAGUCCCUCGCGAACCCUUGGUGAUUCUUAUUCGUUCAUUUGGUGGAAAAGUUUCUUGGGAUAAGACAGUCUUUGAUGGGGCGACAUUCGAUGAAACAGACGAGACUAUCACUCAUCAAAUUGUCGAUCGUCCAUCUAUGUCGAAGCAAUACAUCUCCAGGGAUUACAUCCAACCCCAAUGGGUUUUUGACAGCGUUAAUCAAAGAAAUCUUCUUCCAACCAACAAGUACUUUAUGGGUGUGGAUUUGCCUCCACAUCUAUCACCGUUUGUCGACUCAAAACGAGAGACUUAUAUUCCACCAGAAGAGAAGGCUCUACACGAUCCUUCAUUGAUCGAAACUCAUGAACAAAGUGAUGCUGAAGAAGACGAGGAAGAAGAGGAGGACGAAACUGCACAGAACUUGAUCGAUGCACAGCUUCAAGCUGCAUAUCAAGAAGAAAAAGCCGAGUUUGACGCCGAUAUGCAAAAUCUUGAUGACAACGAAGAAGAUGGCUAUGAGGAUGAAGAAAGUGCUGACGAUGAUAACGAAGAGAUGGAUGAAAAAGAGAAGAAACGUCUCGAAGAGAAAAGUAACAUGGCUGUUGAAUCUGGCACAGUUCACAAAGAAAACAAACGUGCCCAACACAAGAACGCAGUUGAAGAACAUCGUCUUCAAGCACGAAUGGUCAAACCACGCCACAGAAAUCUAUUCAGAAAACUUAUUCGUGAGAAACAAGAGAAAGACAAGGAACAAUGGUUGUUGAAGAAGAAACGAAAAAAUAUUGACCAAGCUGAGAAGAUAACAAAAAAAGCUAAUAAGAAAAAAGCUAAGAAAAUAGUACAGUAAAAAAAAGGGUCUUAUUAUUUUUGCAAACUUAGCUAUAAAUACUUUUUUGUUUAUGUAAGUAAAUUGAGUAUGAAUUUUAUUUUAAUAAAAUUAAAGUAGGGGUGUCUACUUAAACUAAA